AUGACGGCCGGCGGCGAUAACCGGAGUCUCCGAAAUGAUUCUGACGUCAAGAAGAUCCUACUGACGUCAUUCUCCGCAAUGAUAGCAGAGACGACGACGUUUCCAAUCGACUUGAUUAAAACGAGGCUCCAACUCCACGGCGAGUCUCUACCAUCAACGCGGCAAGCUUCUGCGUUCAGAAUCGUUUUUCAAAUCGCAAAAGACGACGGCAUUUUUGGACUGUACAGAGGCUUGUCCCCUGCUGCCGUUAGACACCUUUUCUAUACUCCGAUUCGAAUCGUGGGGUACGAGCAUUUGCGUAAUUUCGUGCCGUCUUCUGAUAAUUCGCCCUCCCUUUUUAGCAAAGCGGUUAUGGGUGGCAUUUCCGGUGUCAUUGCUCAGAACAACAAAUGA